AUGGCAUCGCUAGUACCAUCUGCGUGCCACUCCACAGCGCUGACGCGUGGCCAUUCCACGGCGGCUCUUCGCAUUGACAGCAGCACUGCAGGCACGUGCACGUCGCUCGCCGUGGCGACCACCAUGCCUGCACGCCCGCACGCACUCUCCUGUGUCUGCGCGUCCCCCUUCCUCCGCCGCUCACCGUCUCUUGGCCACUCCAACGGCCAUAGUCCGUCGCUCGGUGCGAGUCAUGGUGUCCCGCGCCGCUGGAGUUUCUCCUGCUCUGCUACUGCGCGCGAAGCGGGUGGCGAGGCGGCGGAAGUUGGUGUCACGAGCAGCUCCGCUCUUCCCGCCUCGUCUCACGAGCAUCAUGAGCUCGCCGGCGUCAUCGCCGCCCGGCCCGCCGCGGGGACGGCCACGGGCGUGGAGGAGACCAACGUGGGGCACGAAAGUACUCGAGCCGCGGCGCAGGUGGCGACAGCGUCGCUGUCGCAGGCUCUGCUGCGACGGUCGUCGCGGACUGUGGCGACUGUGAGCGCUGCGGCCGCCACAGCGGGACGGCCAGGGGCUCGCAUGACAGGGGCGCUGCGAGGCAAGGGAGGAGUGGUGGUGGCAGUUGUGCUGGCUGUGGCUGGCAUAGCUACACUAGUGAUGAGGGAGCACCAGCACCACCAUGAGCACGAGCACGAGGAGCACGGCAACGAGUGCGAGUUGUGUGGCGGGUAUGGGCUGCACUGCUGCACGUUAUGCAAGGGCACAGGCUUGAUCCGCUGGGAGGGCAAGUUCGACCGCAAUGAUCCGUGUCCGGCCUGUGUAGGCGAAGGGUGUUCCAAGUGCCCAGAAUGUGGAGGAGUGAAAAUACGCAGGGGUAUCCCUCCUAUUGUACUGGAGCGCAGGGAACUCUGA